AUGUCCCAGCCUAGCGCAAAGUUAGACAAUCUUUCCCCUUAUCCUGAACCCAGACUAACAUUCUCCAGUAUCAUUCUCGUCUCACCUAGGAAUGAAAUCCUCUUAAGGGGGGGGGGGGAUCUAUCUUCGCAGGAUGGCCCUGAUCCAAAGAGACACGAUGCGAUCUGGUACAGACGGGCAGCUUUAAGAGAGCUUUUCGAGGGAAGUGGGAUCCUAUUAGCUCGUGACACUGCUUCAGGGGCGAUGCUCCAUGUCAGUGAUGCCAAACGAGGAGAAGGCAGACGGGCAAUUCACGCCCAAAAAACUACUUUUGCCCAGUGGUUGAAGAAGCAAGACUCUGCAGCAGAGCCGGAUACAGAAAACCUGAUCCCUUUCACUCGCUGGGUCAACCCGAUUGGUGUCCCUUAUCGCUACACGACGCAAAUGUAUCUUUACUUCUUGCCCAUGGACAAUCAUGAUCUUAAGCGAGACAUUCUAAACAUGCCAAGGGAGAUCCACGAGCUCACGCAUGAUGGGGGGAUCGAGAUCACUGAUGCUCGGUUCUUGGAGUCUUCAGAGUGGCUUCGAAAAGCUGUCAAGAAAGAGGUCAAACUUUUACCGCCUCAAUAUUUCCUCCGGAGAAAACUGGCUAUAUUCGCGCACUCUGGAUCGCCACCCUGGACGCAGAUGUGUAUUUCGCCUACAAUCUUGAGGACUCUACCCGAUGGGCGGUCGUUGGUGGGAUUGGAUACCCCUGGCCAUGAGCUCGAAGGAUCUGAUCGAAGAGGCGUGGGUGAUCGGGUUGUUUUGGUCCGAAUUCAAUAGAGAUGGCCCUAGUGAGGCUGAAGUUAAAUGGAAGAAAGAUAUUCUGGAGGAUGGGAAAGAAAAUGGUAGACUUUGAUCGGGAGUAAUUAUUCAAUCCAAACCCAUCGCUUCACCCUCUUUCUACCUGAAUGGUUUUUGU